GUACGGCGAGUAGUCAAUGGGGGGAGAGGGGAGGAGGUGAUAGUAGUCAGUAGCUUUUUUGCCUCCCCCCACGGCCCCCCAAAAAUUCACCCCCCGAGAGAGAGAGAAAGAGAAAUGGUUGUCCGUGUCGAAAAGACGGCUUGUAAGAAGAUAGUGCUGUUCAAUCUAAUCUUCAGCAACCGAGGGAGCGUUAAACAUGGAAGAAAAAGGUAUAAAAUUGCUCUGUCUCGUUGACGGAGUGUGUCAUUUUUGGCUGUGCAGCUGGAAAGGUCGUGUCAAGGCCUACUUUUAAUGGAAGCGCUUUGAACCGAGCUGUAGUGAGCCCCUACCUGUGCAGCGUUUAGCGCCCCCUCGCGAAAAGCAUGUUUCGUUUGGUUGUGGUGAUCCUGUUCGGAUCUACGUGUGCAAUUAGCUGUACGAAAACGGUCCCACUAGAUUUCUGCUCGGAGUAUGAAGUGCUACACACGAAUCCACCCUGCUGCGAGUCAACCUGCGACUACGAAUGCUGCCGCACCCUGUGUCCGCAGAUGCUCGUGUACGAACCGACCUGUGUGUGCAUAGAAGGAUAUGUUCGAUACAACGGGGAGUGUAUCCCAAAGACGGAGUGUCCGUCUCAAUCAUCAACUGUACCGCCGUGCGUAACGCCGACGAUGCCACCACCAUGCAAAACGACCAAAGCAACAGCAGCGCCGUGUGUUACUACCACUCCAAAACCAUCACCACCACCACCACCACGCUGCAAUACGACGACUCCGGUGCGUUGUACAGAGCCUACUAAACCUCCGUGCUAUGCUACUACCAAACCGCCAUGCCCAAAUCCUCCCAUGCUACCGUACGUACUGACGACUCCCAAGCAGUACGGCUACACGCCUCCAUCCCGCCCAUCCAAUCCGCCCUCGGGCACAUAUGCUCCCCCUCCGUAUCAAGAGUUUCCUCCUCCCUAUCACUACCAAACCGUUCCACUGUACCGGCCGAAUCCUCCGUGCAUGACGACCGCCCCUGCUACGAAACCUCCCUGCACAACACCCCCCACCACCCAGCCACCGUGCACAACGACGCCGAAACCCUGUCCAACGACCACAAAAGCACCACCCUGUCCUACAACGACCACACCACCACCCUGUCCGACGACGACGACGCCUCCAACACCUUGUCCUACAACUGCCGCACCCUGUACGAAACCGCCAGUGUCCUGUGCCGCCUGCGAGGAGCUCGUGUUUAUGCAGCCCUGCUGCGAACCGACGUGCGAUUACGACUGUGCCGAUAAUAGCGCCUGUCCACUGCUGCUGGUCGAGCAUCCGACGUGUGCAUGCCGGCCAGGAACGGUGCGCUACCAAGGCCACUGUAUAGAACCUUCCGCGUGUCCGAAAAGUACGUCCCGCUAUCGGCUGUACGUACCGCUGGCGGCGCAUUGUCUAAAGUGUGGCAAAUGAACGAGUGAGUGGGGGGAGUGAUGCUAGAGUGAUUGUUCAAAGUACACUGAUUAGUCGUAUAAGGCGCUAUAAGUUUGUUUCUGUAUGUGAAGGUUAUGUUUAUUUUUGAUAAAUAAAAAAUGAAAACGAUUUUUAUACACUA